CAUAACAAGUGAAAUUUUCUAUUUUAGUCAUAUUUAUAAAAAAAAGAAAGAAAUUCACUAAACAUAAUUAAUUUUUUGUCAAUCUUGAAUUAUAAUGGAUCCAAAAUUUAUCCAAAAAUGCUAUACAAAAUUAAUAUUAUAAGAGAAAUAAACAGUAAGCUUUAUGGGUUUAGUAACUCGUUUAAAAAAAAAACAAAAUAAAAUAAAAGUUUCAGAAAAGAAAAGGAAAACAACAUGAUCCUCAAAAUUCAUAAAAUCUCCUUUUAUUAUUUUUAUAAUUAUUUUGUGGGAGCUCUCCUCGACUAAAACGUUCCAUAUAUUCGAUCAUCUAAAUAUUUGAUAUUUAUCUAGUAUGCUACCAAGUCCCCAGUCUAGGCACCCAUGCACAACUGAAAGGUUCAAAAAUACAAUGAACAAAACUAUUUUAUUUAAUUCUAUCUACCUUUUCAGCCUUUCUUCAAUACGAUUUCAGAGAAAGUUACACCCAGAGAAAAUAAUUCGCACACAUACAUAAAGUAUAUAUAUUUGUACAAAAAAGCAUAAUUUUCUUCAGAUAUAGAUCAUUUUCUUGACUAGGCUCUAAAAUGAGAUAUGUAACUUCCUGACUUCCUGUGCAUAUGUCAUGCAUGAUGAAUAACAAUCAUCGUUGUAAGAGGACUCAUACAUAGAUUGGUCAUUAGUCAAUGACCAUUUAUUGAAAUUCAAAACAGAACAAGAAAAUAAUCGUGAGUGUCACUGUUUAGUUAUCCAAUCAGAUGAAAAGAAGAAAGUAUACAUUUCCAAUUUCUCAAAAGUCCAAUCAUAGUUUAUAUAUAAAAGCGACUUACUAGGCAGAAAUGUGUACAUGUCCUCAUAUUAUAAAUCGCUCUUGGACUUUCUAGUUGACAGAUCAUUGAAGCAUUGAACACAGAGGACAAUUGGAAACUCACACCUAUAAUUUGCAGCUCAUCAUUUCUAAUAAUAAAAACGGUUGAGGUAAAAAUAUAAUGGCUGUUUUCUUCCAAGGAGAAACUGAAAUGAGAGAACCCUCUUCCGAUCUUUUUAUGGUGAACCUGAAUCCGUCCCCUGAUCAGACAAUGACCAUUAAUGCUCAUAACAAUCACUUUUACAACUUGUGCUUCGCGCCCCAACAACAUCCACAGCGAAUGAACAAAUAUGAAGUACUAGAUCAUAUCGAACAAGCGAAUUGUUCGGCGAUCUCCACGGUUUCAAACGGGAGAGUAACGCAAAGCUUCAGGGCUUUGGCUCCGACCUACUUAAGAGUUGCUCAAGAAUUGCUCAAUGAGAUUGUCCAUGUUGGACACGGUAGCCGUGGCGCAAAACAAGAGCAACAAAUGAAUAAUGAGUCGGCGACUUAUGGAUUAUACAAUGGAGUUGGGAAUAUAAACGGUGGCCCUAAGCCUGGCGUUUGUCGGCAGGAGUUGCAAUUGAAGAGAGCAAAGCUUAUCUCCAUGGUGGAAAAGGUUGAACAGAUAUACAAGCAAUACCACGACCAAAUGCAGACAGUAAUCUCAUCUUUUGAGCAAGAAGCGGGUUUAGGCUCAGCAAACUCGUACACACAUAUGGCGUUGCAAACAAUAUCAAAGAAGUUUCGUGCUGUGAAAAACAUGAUAUGUUUGCAAAUCAAACGCAUAAACAAUUUGUUAGGAGAAAAAGAAUGUGAAGGUGUAAGUUUAGCCAAGCAGUUGGGGAAGAUGCCAGAUAACCAUUCAAAUGCUUGGAGACCACAACGAGGUUUGCCCGAAACAGCUGUUUCCGUUCUUCGGGCUUGGCUUUUUAACCAUUUUCUUCACCCAUAUCCAAGGGAUUUAGAUAAAGAAAUGCUUGCCAAACAGACUGGCCUUACUAAAAGCCAGGUAUCAAAUUGGUUCAUAAAUGCUCGAGUUCGAGUGUGGAAACCAAUGGUGGAGGAGAUGUAUUUGGAAGAAAUGAAUAUUGAAGAAAGCAGAAAAGGAGGAAACCUCAGUGAACAUGGUAACAAAGGUUCAUCCUCUAAGCAACUUUGCAAUAAUACAACUUCAGAUGAAUCUUCGAACUUGAUCUUACCCGCGUUUCAUCAAGGAUUCAUUGAAAAUGAAACCUCUAUGCAAAACUCAUUCUCAAGUUGCAGCGUAAUGACGUUCGGGAAGCAACACGUGAACCAAGCUAAGUUGAUCCAAUUCAAUGGAGGGUUCGAAAACUAUCACGCAAUGGUUGGAAACGGUGUCUCCCUUUCUCUUGGCAUGCCUCAUUCUUGCGACCAAUCCUUCAACAACAUUCAGUUUGGGUCGACAAGUAAUGAAACUAAGAUCUCGGGCAUAUAUCCCUCUUUAACAUAUCAAAACAUGGAUUAGAGAUCUGAAUAGAUAUCAUAAAAAUAUAAAUCUGCAUGUUGUUGUGGCUUCUUGUGUGUAUAGCCUUAGUCAAUCGUUGCUUUCAUAUAGAUCAUAGGCAGAAGAAAUAACUAAAAUAUAGAGUUUGAUAAAACCUGUAGAUAACAAUAUUUAGCUUAAGACUAUAGAUACUCAAUGGUCUUGCUAUAUUCAAGAUGGCAUAGUAUCGAUAGAAUGCUUGACAAAUGGGUGUAAAUAGAGAUCAUGUCAACCAUGAGAUCCAAGUGUUUCCUUUAGUUGUGUGUUUUAUAAAUGUGUUUGUGUGUGUAAAUGUGUUACACCAGGCAACAGCGUCGAGUAUAAUUUCUUAUGCAUGUAUGAGUUUAUUUGUUAUUUUAUAUAUAAACAAUUAAGUGACGCAUCCACUACCA